AUGUGUGAAAAAGUUGGACAUUUUGUCGAUUCUUGUCCAGAAAGCGAUAGAUUAUGUUAUAAUUGUAAGCAACCUGGUCAUGAAGCUAACCAAUGUACUCAACCUAGAACAGUUGAAACGAAGCAAUGUUAUUCUUGUGGUGGAGCUCGCAAUUGCCAUGGAAGUUUUUCUGUGAGUAGAGAAAGAGAAGGAGGAGGAGGCAGAGGGCGUGGACGUGGACGUGGACGUGGUGGAUAUGUUGGACGUGGACGUGGACGUGGUGGGUAUAUGGGAGGAGGACGUGGUGGGUAUAUGGGAGGAGGACGUGGCGGAUAUACUGGAGGACGUGGCGGAGGACGAUCAAAUGACAAACCUGGCAAAACAUGUUAUCAAUGUGGUGAAGUUGGUCAUAUUUCUAAAGAUUGCACCAAUGAAUUAAAUAACGAUAAUUAA